UCAAGUUUAUUAAAUUCAGUCGAAGUUGACUUUCCUCGUGGUGGUGGUACUCAUCUAACAGCUGUUGAAGUUAAACAAGCUGGUCAUGAAGGAAAAACAGAUGCAGAUCAAAUCUUCAUUCCUGAUCCCAAGCCAGUCAAGGAUACUUCUUCAUCAAAGCGUAAAAGAUCUUUACUCGAUCCUUCCUCCCAUCAACGUAUCAAAUCUAACAAUAUCUCAGCAUCUCAAAAUACACCAUUUCAAAAUGCAUAUAGAAUUGAACAUCUUAAUCAUCGUCGGCUUACAUCUGGGCUCAAACUCGCUGGUUUGAUCAUCGAAAUCCGACCACUUGAACUUAUUGUGGCCUUGCCGAGUCAAUUGGUUGGGCAUGUUCCAAUCACCGAAAUCUCUUCUUACUAUACUCAAAAACUUCAAGAAAGUACCGAUCAAGAUGACGAGGAUACUGACUCUGAAGAUGACCAAAGCAAUUCUGACAAGGCUGACGAUUAUCAACACAGAGUGAAAUCCGGUGGACUUCAAGGAUUGAAUGAAAUUUUCAAAGUGGGACAAUGGAUUCGCUGUAUGGUCAUCCAUACUACUUCCGGAACACCUAAUAUAGCUCAUCGUGCCUCCCCCCUGGUUCGUGCUGCCCAUCGUGUCAAAUUAACCAUUGACCCAGCUCGUCUGAAUGGCGAUUUGGAAAAGAAAGACUUGUCUGCAAACAUGACAUUGGAUGGUGCUGUCAAAUCAAUCGAAGACAACGGAUACGUGGUAGAUCUUUGCGUUCCAGUAAACUCAUCUCAGCAAGCCUCUUCAUCUGCACCUCAAACUGUCACUACCUUUGUCCUAUUCUCUGAUGCCAUCAAGAUCCCCCAAACUCAUCUUCACAAUCGUGAGCUUUGGCAAAUUGGACAAAUCGUUCGAUGUCGAAUCGAUAAAGUCUCCAAGAGUGGAUCUACUUGUACCGUCUUUGUCGACCCGACCGGUAUCGCUUCAUCCUUGUUAACAACGGCUAUCAACAUUGACUGCGUUUUACCUCUUCACCUUGUCACCUGUCUUAUCACCGCCGUAGUGCCUGAGGAAGGUUUAAACGUAGAAUUCUUAGGCUACUACAAGGGUACAAUCGACUUGUACAAUCUUGGUGUCGGCAUAGGUGGUACCAAGGUGGAAGACCGUUUCAAAGCCGGUCAGAAGAUCCGUGCUCGGGUCUUAUGGCAUACUCGAUCCUCUUCACCUCAGAAAACUUUUAGCUUAAGCUUGCUGGACCAUUGCGUCAAUAUGGUCACACCAGGUUUGCCACUCUUGCUACAGAACGACACACCAAACGGCUUACCUAGUGAAAGCAUCGAACAUCUUAUGCGAUUCAACAUUGGAUACACUUUUCAAUCCACUAGAGUUUGUGGUGUCGUCAAGGACUGGGGGUUAUAUGUCGAAUACUCUGACAAUUCAAAUCAGCAGCGAGUCAUAGGUUUCAUUCACAUUUCAGCCAUUCGCGAUACCCAUCUCUCUGACAUCUUGGUCGAAGGUUCUGGGCCUUAUAGACUCGGUACAACUCAUAAAGCCAAAGUUGUAGGCAUCUCUCCCAUCGAUGGCAUGCUUCAACUCUCAUCACAGCCCUCAGUGGUGGAGCAGCCUUAUAUACGACCACAGGACGUUGCGGUGGGUGAAAUCGUGACAGCAGAGGUGACCAGAUUGUGCUCUUCGGCAUUGUUUCUGUCAAUAUUUGGUGGACUUGAUUGCGUGGUUUGGCCUGAUCAUUACUCCGAUGUGAAACUUCAACACCCUGAGAAGAAGUUUCAAGCUGGUAUGAAGCUCACAGCCAGGGUACUGUAUGUCAAUCCCAACAAGCACCGAAUUGCUCUCACUUUGCGGAAAAGUCUUCUGGAUCCCACGUUUUCUUCUAUCACCUCUUAUGCUACAGCACAGCCUGGUAUGGUCACCGAUGCAGUAAUCACCCGCGUUAAAGCGAGGCACCUUGAAAUAGAAUUCUUUGGUCAAACACGGGGUGUGAUUCCCAUUCGCGAAGCAGCGGAGAAAUUUAGCGAGUCGUUGUCCGAUUUCAGGGCUGGCCGAGUAGUUAAGGUCCAGAUUCUCUCCGUGGAUCCACUGGCUCGAAAGAUUUUAGCGAGCAUCAGAUGCGCUCUAGACACAGAAGCCUCAAAAUUAAGGGAAUCGGGCAAUGUCGGUGAUGCAGUCUUUGCGACUGUGAAGACGAUUGGUGAUGACCACACGAUUUUGACCCUUCGGCGAAGGCUAGGCAAGCGUAACAAAAUGGGCGGAGAGAUUCCGAUUCCAGGCCUCAUCUCUCUCAGUAUUCUUGCGUGGCGACGUAAAGUGACGAUCGAUCAACUGAAGGAACAACUCCAUGUCGGUGAUGAGAUCGACGAUUUAGUCAUCACAGCUAAAGAUAUCCAGAGUAACCUCAUCAUCUUGGGUUACGCCAAGGGCUCAAAGAAGCAGAAGCAAGAGCCGGAGACGGAGCGACCACUGUUCAACUCGUCGGCAUUCGAAGUCGGUGACUUGGUCACAGGGACGGUCUUGGACAUACACGCCAAAAACCUGUUAAUGUUUCUCAAGAAAGAUGGAAGCGAAAAUGCAUGUGUGGGACAAGGCUUUUUGUCCAUUGAAAAGCUUGCUACUCGUGAAAAGAAGAACUGCGCUGUAGUCAAGGUUGAUCGACAGACUUCCAAGGUUUACCUUACUUUGAGAUCAUCUCGUUUGAAUCGUGGAGUCCAGAAAUCGGCCUCCGAGGUACGGGAUCGACCGAUCGUCUCGAUCAAAGACUUGAAAAAGGGUGAUAAGAUAAGAGGAUUUAUUCAACGGAUUUGUGAAAAAGCUGGUCUGCUCGUUCGGAUCGGUACUAAUCUUUCUGCCAAAGUUAAGAUCAGUGAACUUUUUGAUCAAGAUAUUCCAGAUUGGGUUGGAAAGUUUAAAGUCGGUCAAGUGGUAUCUGGUGUGAUUAUCACGCCUGUCAAAGCUUCCCGUGGUAUUCAAUUGAGUCUUAGAGAAAAUCCAUUUGGUCCGAAAGUUUCGGAUCCAAAGAAGUUGGUCUUGGAGAAAUUCCAGGAAGGACAAAUUGUUGGUACUACUAUUAGAAAGAUUGAAAAGUAUGGAAUGUUUUUGGCCAUUGACGAUGCCGGAAUCAGUGGUUUGUGCCAUGUUAGUCAGUUAUCUGAUGAUGAUGAAGUCGACCGAAACUGGGCAAAGAAGUACAAGGAAGGUAUGAGGCUACAAGCUGCACUGGUCAAGGUUGAUUUGAAGGCACGUAGGAUCUCUUUAUCGAUCAAGCCUUCAAUUGUCGGCGAGCAAGAAUUGGAUAGUGGUGACGAUGAAGACGAAUCUGACGAUGAGGACGUAGAAGAAGAGGAGCUUGACCAUUCGAAUGUUGAAAAGGACGAUUCGGUAGAUAUGGUUGUGACAAGUAAGAGUGUGAAUCAGCCAUUGGCUGUACAAAUCCAAGCGCCAUGUCUGGCGCUUCCUGGUGGUUUCAAUUGGAACAGCACUGUCCAGACCAGGGCUGCUGAUGAGCAAGAUUCAGAUUCAGAAGGGUCGAGCGACGAAGAUGAUCAUGCCACAUCUAACCAUGUCACGGGUCAAGAGAAGGAAGUAUCGGAACCUGAGCAUAGGAACUCUUCACAUCUUGAGAACGGCUCAGUGACCACAUCAAUAGCAGACUUGGAACGACAAUUAUUAGGUUCUCCUAAUAGCUCAUUGCUUUGGAUUCAAUUAAUGUCAUGUCAUAUCCAACAAGCUGAUCUGAAUGAAGCACGAGAAACUGUGAAACGAGCAUUGAAUGGGAUUCAUUAUCGAGAAGAAUCGGAAAAGUUGAAUGUUUGGAUAGCUUGGUUGAAUUUAGAAAACGCUUAUGGAACUGAAGAACAGAUGAUGAAAGUGUUUGGUGAAGCUUCAAAGGCUAAUGAUACGAAAACGGUUUGGUUGAAGAUGGCGGAGAUUUAUACUGAGAGUGGAAAGAUUGAGAAAGCAAAUGAGCUGUAUACUAAAUUGGUGAAAAAGUUCAGUGAAAGCUCAAAGGCUUGGUCUCUGUACGCCCGAUUUUGUUUAACCAACAAGCAAGAAGCUCAAACUCUAGAGUUAUUAGCCAGAAGUUUGAGAAGUUUACCAAAGCACAAACAUCUUAAGACGAUGAACAAAUUUGCACAAUAUGAAUUUAAACAUGGUGAGAUUGAAAGAGGUAGAACGUUAUUUGAAGGUUUGAUUGCUAGUUAUCCAAAACGAACGGAUCUUUGGAAUGUUUAUAUCGAUUUGGAACGAACUCGAUUAGAUCGAGUUAGAGCUCUUUUUGCUAGAAUGUUGUCAUUGAAACUUAAUCCUAAAAAAAGCAAAUUCGUUUUCAAGAAAUGGUUAGGUAUUGAAAAAGAAUUUGGAGAUGAAGCUAGUCAGAAUAAAGUAUUAGAGCAAGCUAGAGCUUAUGUACAAGCUUCUCAAAGUAAUUGUACAAAGGAAGAGGGUGCAGAUGAGCAAGAUGAUUGA